CACUCCAGGAGCACAAUGACCUGCUGCAGACUGAGAACAGCGUGUUAUGGAUGAAUCUUGGUCCUCAAAAUUUCGAAGAAAUGAAUCGAAAUUGUAGUUACAAGAAUAAUUAAAUAAUCUUCGUGCCUGUACUAGUGUGACGUUGUUAAAAGGUGAAUCAGGGUUAUAAUUACAACCUUAGUUAUUACAAAUACAACAGGUAGUACUAGGUACGCUGUUGCAUUUAAUCAAGUAGACGGUGCAAUCCAGUUCAAUCCCAACUUCGAACGACCGCUUCUAACCUUUCUGCGGUCACAAGUCAGUUCGUUGUUGAAGGAGCAAGCACGCGUGAAGGAACUGGAGAAUACCGCAACAAACUCAGCAAAGAAUAGUCAGCAUGGGUGUGCUGAGGAACCAUCCUCACCACAUCCACCUCCCCCAGCAGAUCGCAAAGAGACAUCUCUACAUGAGAAAAACAAGUU